AUGCAGAGAGGGAAACUAGAACGGCAUAUGGCCCGGCUGCGAAACGCGAUUCAAUUGCUGUCACUGUCCCAGCAGUGCUAUACAAGAGCGCUUCUACGGGUCCAACCUGAUCUAAUUGCCGAGAAAAUACUAGUGCAGGGCAAGAAAAACACAGCAAAAUUCAAGCCGAACGCUCACCAGCACGAGAGCAAUAUCAAAAGCGAGGCGACCAAAUUAUCGAAUGGCACAACAGAAGGGUCGUCACAAGGCGAAAUAUCACGCCACGCACACAUAUCCAAAACCCUGUGGCGUCUCAGUUUACCAUCUUGGUUGAGUUCAAGAGCUCUAGAAAUAUACAGUCAGAAACUUCAUCACGGCUGGCAAUGGGUUUUCCGAACGUACAAUGUGAUCCCGUCAACAUCAAAGGUCGUUUCAUUGACGGUAGCUGGCAAAAUCGAUGACCUGCAAGACCUAUUUUCCAUGAAACAGGCUUCUCCCUUUGACCGCACCGACCGCUUUGGAUACACCCUCCUCCACUACGCCAUGCUCGGACCUAGGAAGGAGGAGGUUCUGAAAUUUCUCCUCGAUCAGGGAGUUGACUCUUCUAUUGCAGGGGCCCAUCCAAAUCUCGAAACACCUCUCCAUAUGCUGGUAUUUUGUGGGACUCUUGGACUUGGAAAGGGUCAGCUGUUGUUUCCGUGUUUACGCCUUCUACUUCGCUAUGCGAAAGAAUCCACUUACGAAGACACACCAGAAGAAACUAUCAACGGAGUUUUAUCCCGAUUCCGUGGGUCAAGCGAAGAGUUCAAGUUUUUGCAGCGACAUUACUGUCCUUCAUACUACGAAAUGCCCCAAGAGAUAAGAAUUGCAGUGGCUUCCAAAGCCGCAUUUGGUGUGUGGGAUGCCUAUCAUAUGCCUGACUUAAUCCAGACUAUGCUUGGACCAGAUCCAUUGACGGCCAAAGAACUCCAACUGGAAGGGCCGUGGCGUUUUGAUUCAAAGAACACAACACUUGUACAUUGUGUUGUGAGGAAGAUUGGAGCAACCCAGGCUGCCCUGCAAGGGUCUCAUCCAUGGAAAAAGCAAGUACGCCAUCAAAGUCGAAGUCGCGGGCCGUCUCUUUACAAUAAUAUGAGGGAAGGAUACUAUGAUCUCUACAAAUCGUGGAACAAGCUUUUUAUGGGGUUCUUACAGGCUGGUGUGGAUUUGAACAAUAUUGUUGACCAGCAGACCCUAUUGCUUGCAUUUUUAGAGGGAUAUACUGACUGGCUUGAUAUAUCUAAAUGUCAGAUGUCGUCUCCAAGUGAAGCACUUCGGAAAUGGUUAACAGAUCUGAAAUCUGCUGGCGUCGAUUUACAGAAAUUCGGGGAAAUAGAGGACAGCAUGUGGAAAAUGGAACUUAUCCGGAGAGAUAUCGGCCCGUGGGAUGGAGAGAAUUCUGGUUGCCAUCGACUGAUAGGGUUCUCUUAUGGCCCACGCAUUGAUGACUGGUCCGUAUGGCUAUCCCCAAAAUGGGACAACUUUAUAGGGGAUUUUUGGAGCUUAAUAGAGCGACCUGCGGAGACGAUGGCCGGUGGAUGGCCUGGUGAAUUAAUAUCUUUAUCACAGUUUUGA